UCGCCCAGUCCGGCCGCUCCAGUCCGGAUCUCGCUGCCGCCCGACCCGGGUGCGAGUUCCAGCAGCUGGGGAGGAGGUGGCAGCGGCUGGCCCGGGUUCCCCUCUGCCGCCUCGUCAGCCCGAGGUUGGCGGGGAGAGAAAGGCCGGGCAUCCCCUGGAGCCCCUUCGAGGACAAUGCACCCGGCGCUGGGCCACCCUCGCGCGCUCUCGUCCGCGCCCGCCUCCUUCCCGCCGCCCCCCGCCGCCGCCCGGCUGCAGCCCCUCUUCCUCCGGGGGGGCUCCUCCCGCGGCCGGAGAGGCUCGGGCGACAGCAGCACCAGCACCAGCACCAGCCGCGGAGGGGGCGGCGGCAGACGCGGCGGGGGCGGCGGCUCCCCGAGCAGCAGCACAGGCGCGGAGCGAGAGGACGACGACGAGAGCAUUAGCAUCAGCAAGCCACUGGUGCCCGCCGCCGCCGCGCUCUCGGGUCCCCCGGUUCAGGGGGGUGCCCCAGCCUCCGCCGCCGCACCCGCCGUCGCCUCCUCCACUUCCACGCCCACCUCCUCCUGCAGCAUGACCGCCGUGGACUUCGGCUCGGGCGCCGCGGCCGGGGCCGUCGGGGGCCCGGGGAGCCGCUCGGCGGCGGGCGCAGGCGGCACCGGGACAGGUGGCGGCGCCUCCUGCUGCUCCUGCUGCUGUUGCUGCGGCCACCCGACUCGGUCCGGCCGCAGGAGUCGGCGGCGGGGCUGCUCACCAAGUCCCGGGUGCCGUUGGGGCUACCAGGCGCUGUCUGUGGUGCUGCUGCUGGUGCAGGGAGGUCUGCUGGACCUGUACCUCAUCGCUGUCACUGACCUGUACUGGUGCUCUUGGAUCGCUACUGACCUGGUGGUGGUGGUGGGCUGGGCCAUCUUCUUCGCCAAGAACAGCCGGGGCCGUCGCGGCGGCCCGGCGAGCAGCACGCACAACCACCACCAGCUCCACCACCACCCCGCACAGCCUCUGCACCUAUCCGCUGCGGCGUCGGCUGGGGCCGGGGCCAAGACCCGCGGGAGCCGAGGAGGUUCUAGCGGCUCGGGAGCCGGGCCUGGGGCGACUGGGGCAGCGGGCGAGUUCGCCUUUGCGUACUUGGCCUGGCUCAUCUACUCCAUCGCCUUCACUCCUAAGGUUGUGCUCAUCCUAGGCACGUCCAUCCUGGACCUCAUCGAGCUGCGCGCUCCCUUUGGCACCACAGGCUUCCGCCUAACCAUGGCGCUGUCCGUGCCGCUGCUCUACAGCCUGGUGCGUGCCAUCAGCGAAGCGGGAGCGCCUCCGGGCUCGGCGGGUCCCCUGCUCCUGCAGCCACAGCAGCAUCGCGCUGCGGGCUGCUUCCUGGGCACGUGUCUGGACUUGCUGGACAGCUUCACGCUGGUGGAGCUGAUGCUGGACGGCCGCGUGCCGCUUCCCGCGCACCUGCGCUACCUGCUUAUCGCUGUCUACUUCCUCACACUCGCAUCCCCAGUGCUCUGGCUGUAUGAGCUGAACACCACCGCAGCAGCUCCGUCCUGGGGCCAGGCCUCCGGGCCCGGAAGCUGCAGCCGCCUUUUGCGUUUGCUGGGCGGCUGCCUGGUGGACGUUCCCUUGCUGGCGCUACGCAGCCUCCUCGUCGUGAGCUACCAACAGCCGCUGUCCAUCUUCAUGCUCAAGAACCUCUUUUUCCUUGGCUGCCGCGGCCUGGAGGCCUUGGAGGGCUGCUGGGACCGUGGGAGCUGGGUUUCCCCAAGUCGAGCCAGAAGCAGCUAUGGUGCUCCUCCCUCGGCCCCACCACCGCCUCCACCACCGCCACCUCAGGGAGGCUCCCAACGGGGUCACUUGGAAAAUGAAGGAGGCCCUCAUGGCUAUGUCAACACCCUAGCUGUGGCCUCUCAGAAUUGAAAAGAGAAAGGGCAGCGGUGGUCCUGAUCGU